AUGGAAGAGCCUAGAGUUCAUAAUUUGGAGAAGCUUAUGGAUGAGGGGGUGGCGGGAAUCGAGCAGUUGCAGAUCUUGACGGCGUUCAAGACGCAUGUGAAGAAGGAGCUUGUUCGAGACGAUUCGAUCGAGCGAUACUUCGAUGCAUUGGUGAGGUUCCUCGGGCAGCCCGUGGAAGACCGUAAGGUCCAGCAGUUGGGGCACUCGUCGUUGUGCUACUUGAUAAAACGCGUCGCGAUGCAGCAGCCCGGGCGGUUCCAGGGGGCACGCAUUCGCGACUUGGUGCGCGUGGUGCUUCUGCAGGAGCAGCUCCAGGAGCGCAAGGUCUGGGGUAGCGCGGUCAAGAGCUUGGAGGCGAUCUACCUGUGCAAGCCGCAGGCGUUUGAGGCCGAGUUGGCGAGCAUCUGCGCGGCGACGCGUGGCAGUGACCGCACCAAAUGUCUACUUUUCAUGGACGAGUUGAUACAGCUACAGCAGAUGAACAACCGCAACCCUAUGGAGGUGGUGAACCGCUUUGUGGACCUGUGGGUCGAUGUCUUGAACGAGUCGGACCCCGGCUGCAGCAAGCGUGAUAUCGAGUUGAUCCACGACAUUCUCAAGAAGUACUUCAACGAGGCUAUGUUGCAGCAGUUUGCGGAGCGUGUUGUGAACACGCGCUCUUUAAAACACUUCAUGCAUACGGAGCACGCGGCUCCAUCUUCAGCUCAAACGACCAGCAGCAUGCCCAGCGGGCCCUUCGACGUAGACGAGGAAUUGACACGCGUGAUGGAAGAGUUGCCCCCGAACGUUGUGAACUCUAAUAUCGGCGAGGCCCGAGAUUACCUGUCGUUUGAGCAUGUUGUGAAGGAUUUGGAACAUAUCACCGUUGCUUUUCAGGCAAUUAAAGAGACGGAGCAUAAUUGGAAGCAAAGACAGGAAGGGAUCAUAACGCUACGCAAGAUCGUGAACGGCAACGUCUCGCGGCAGUUUCCCGAUGAAUUCAUCCAAGCGUGCCGCGAUUUGAACAUCGCAGACUGCAUAUCCAAAGCCGCGUUGUCCCUACGUACAACGCUCUCCUCGCAUUCCUGUCAUUUGAUAAAAGAGAUGGCUUUCAAACUAGGGCCUCUCCUAGAGCCGUUGCUAGAUGUCCUAUUUGUUCCGCUAAGGUCCUUGCUUUCAGCGACAAAAAAGAUUUCAUCCCAGACAGCUUUUGCUACAGCGGCUAUCCUACUGUGCACUGCACCAUACCACAACAGGCUAUUUCAGCAGUGCAUUGCGUUAUCUAGGGACAAAAAUGUGUCACCCAGAACAUUUGCGGCAGUGUUUCUUCGGAUAUAUAUCAUCCGGUUCCAUAGGCGGUUAGAACAUUCUUCGGUAUUGGUUGAGGAAUGGUUGCAUAAAGGUUUAACAGAUCCACAGACUCAGGUACGUGAAGCUAUGCGUGUUACGCUCUGGUACUGGUAUGUACCAAAUGCACAGAGUGCGAAGAAAGUUUUGGACUCUAUGCCGCAUCAGAUGAAACGUAUCAUCGAGGGUUCCAUUCCUACGUAUCUAAAUAUUGAGUAUCACGUGACAGCGUCCGUGAGUUCCAACGAGUCAUCCAGGAGAUCAAGUUUCGGAGUAAGGAGGUACCCGAGCUACGCUGCUCCAACUCAGUCAUCGAAUCUGCAGAAGCUGGCCGCUAAUUCACUGGGCGGUUCUGCGAAUGUUAGAUCAUUGAGCGAGAACACAAACAGGCACCUCACCACAUACACGUCCUUGGCCAAGAAAUCACUAGCAACAAGACAUGAAUCACUUUCACCAAGAGUUGCCUCAAGUGGUCUCAUUAGCAGUGCUGGAGCUGCUAAUUUGUCCAGCGAGAAUUUAGAGCUGACGGAAGAGCUCACCAGCAAUCAUUCUAAUACCUUACUAAAGAAGUAUUUGAAUACUAACGAGCCUGCAGUGAUAAGGAAAUCGGAAGGUGAGCCUACUGGAGAUCUAGAAAGUAUGUAUUCCCACUUAUCCUCUACCACAUUGCAGGAAAAACAACAAGGUCUACUAUUCCUAAAGAACUUAUUGUUGUUGAAGGCACCACUUGAUAUAGCCAAAUUGAAUCCGUUGUUGGUACAAUUAUCGAUCCAAUCACCCAAGAGCUUUAAGGAUUUAUUGACCCUUGCCUCGUUUCACCCAUUGAUUCCACUGGCUAAUUUAAUAGAACUAUUUGCUAUUAAUGACCUGCCAACCAACGUUCUAUUAGAUGAGUUCUCGUCAACUGAUCUACUAGAGACCGUUAUACACUCAUUUCAGACAUUUUUUCCUGAUCACCAUGAUCAGCUAUUCUUAUACUAUGUCAAGUACCGGUCCGUCAUUUUCAACUACUGUUUUGGCAUCAUGAUUGACCUUCUCUCUGGCGAUUUUGCCUUCUCUGAGGGUAGCACGCUAUUUCGGGAGGUUUGCACCCGUAUUAUCGAAGCCUGCGGCAAUGAUUUUAACAUGGAGAAAUAUUAUACCUUGAUAUCCAUUCUCUAUCGUGCUGACAAGUCGCAGUUCGUCGAACUUUUACGGGAUGCACCCGUAUCCAGCAAGUUUAAGAUCGCCAACGAGCUACAAAGAUGUGAUUCUACCUUCAACUUGCACUCGAUAAUGUCCAGAGAGUCGACUGCAGAAAGCCAUCAUAGCGAUCCCAACCAGCAAUAUAAAGACGGUGCUCAUGGCGGAGAUGCACGUGACGCUAACGGUACCAGCAAUAGCAGCAGCGACAGCGACAAUGAGCCAGACUUGGAGAGUACAAAGCACUUGCUUGAGAUGACGAUGGUGAAUCCAAUCGGUCUGGGAUGCGUAGAAAAUGUCCUCCAAAGCCAUAUUCAUGCCUAUAAGCAGGAUCAGCAGCACCAGGAUCCUAUAGCUGAAAAGUCCCUGAGCACUGUCGCAGAAGUCAAUGAUGAAGAUGGCGAUGGUUCUACUACAACCCAGAUGAAGCUGAUGGGUGCGAAUACUACCGAACCCUCAAAUGAAAGCGACAAAGACAAGACAUCUGAUAUUGUGGCAGAGAGUAUGCGCGGCACAGAUGAUCCAAACUACGCAAAAUUAUGUGCCAUCGACAGCGCCCUCAUCGACUCGGAGGACGAACCAGAACUAAAUAACUUUGGUGGUCUGAAGGGGCUAACAGAGAUGACGAAGGUUGUUAGCAUCUACGAGAAACUGGAUGGUGAUGAGGACGUCGAAAUGGUGGAUGACGAGAAGUUUAAAGACCCGGUGGAGCAAGAGAACCAAGAAACCGGCUUGGACGAGAUUUUUAGAGACGAGAAGCAUGACCAGUCCGUUAAAUUCAAUGAUAUUCCCAGAAUAAUCGACGUUAACAAAAGCUGGGAUCGUUACGACGGCGAGUCUAUCGAAGAUACCAGCGGCAACACUAGCCAUGGUACUGAUGAGAACCGGCCGGCAUCCUUUGGUACAGUUUCAGAGCUUGUCCGGAAGGAAAUGGAAAAGUCCCCGACUUUGCCUUUAAACGAAGAAGACUCGAAGCUUUUGUCAGACGGUAUCAAUGAAAUUGAACUCAAGCACAAAGAUGAUCCAUUCGUUCGCGAUUCUGAGGAUUGUGAGAAUGGUACCCCCCAGGACCGCUCCAACUUCUUAUCAUGCAAACAGCAUAUCGAUAUCUUGGGCGCCUUGCCAGAUAAUUCACUCACUGCCUUUGAGCUGGGCCUCUUGGAAAUCCUCGAUGUCUCAGACAUGGAUGCCAAUCGGAUCUUGGAGACCGUGAACACCAUCCAGAACAGCCGCCUACGCUCGGCAGAUGUCUCGCGCAUCGUGGGAGCUAUUGUGUCCCAUUGUACCGAUCCUUUGCUUCACUGGCUCACAGAUUCUAAUGGGCUCCAGCGCCUUUGGUCCAUGCUUACAGCCCUCUCCACCGCAGACGGAUUUUCGGAUAGUUACAAGUGUGUCGUCCUGUACACGGCCCUACUCAUUGCUAACUCACAAUUAAGUUCCUCCCAUCUUUCCACAGAUGAACUCUCUGACGCCUGGGCCUUCGCUCUUAGAGAAUUGUCCAAGCUUUCCUCUUACAACAACGAAACAUACAUCGCGUGCUGUGAGCUCAGGGAAACUUUGAUCGAACACUACUCCAGCUCCUACCUUCCCCAGUUACUAGAAAGUGCCAUCAAGGAGCUCAAUGUAGCUGAAGAUCGCGUUCGCAUUACCUUCCUCCUACAAACACUUAGCGAUGCCUUAGACCACAUGAACACGCUGCUUUCUCUCGAGGUUCUCGGCAGCAUGUCUUCUCUCCUCCAACAAUUUGUCACUAAUGACUUCACCGAGUGGCGCUAUCAUUCAAUCAAGCUUCUCGCUCAGAUAUACGGGAUCCUCGUCGCCAGAAACUCGCCUGCAAGCUACAUCAGGUCUAUGUUUAGCAUUUUGCGUCAACCAGAGUUCGAUCUAGUGAAAUCGUAUUAUACGAUGGACCAUAAUUGA